ACCGUGGCUGAAUUAGAGUAUAGGCCACGGUUCAAAAGUUGUGAACACAUGAAGACCACGACUGAAGAAAACCGUGGCAUCUACGUUUUCUACCACGCUUCAAUAAUUGUGGACGGUUCAUGGCUACAACUUUCCAACCGCGGCAACCUAAUCCCACAAAUAUAACCGCGGCAUAAAAAAGUCCUAAUACUAAAAAAUUCCCUUCCGCCAAAAUUUUGUGAACCCCGCGCGUGUUUAGAGUUUUGGCACAACUAAAGGAUUAAUUUUCAUUAAAAAAACCUUAAAACUAAUUAAAAAAUAGAAACCCCCAAACCCCUAACACUACUACACAAUACGUACUAUCAGAGAAAGGAUUUUGAACCCUAACUUUCUCCUUGGCUGAACAUCGUAACCGUCCUCAUCUCGGCGACCUCCUCUCUCCGCCGGCGACGGCUUGUACGACCCUCCUCUCUACGCUGCUUAGAACUUUGAGCAGAGGUAUCCACAUCUUUUUCAACCACUGACCGAGAGCAAGGAGCAAGAAGAUUAAGAGAAGGGAACCAGUAGCAUCAAGCAAAAAUCUGUUUUCUUCAACUGGAAGGUUUAGUUUGGGAGUACAAGGGAGAUCAAACAAAAUUAAGUUUAAUUACUCCAACAAAUCUUGAGGGAUUAAAAAAUGAAGGACAAAGAGUGGACCAAACUUCCAAGGUUUUGUCCAGAGUAUAUCAUGGGCGUUCGUCGAUUUUUAGACUUUGCCUACACUAAAGGAAGACCUCAAGGAGAUGAGAUUUUAUGUCCUUGUGCCAAGUGUAGAAAUCACUGUUGGACAAAAAGAAAUGUGAUAUUGGAUCAUUUGGUAGCUAACGGCUUUCUAAAGGGAUAUGAUGUUUGGGUCCACCAUGGGGAGCAAAUAGAAAGGCCAAUGGAAGUUGAGGAUAUUAUUGCAGAUCAAGAGGACUCACAUGACGACAUUGGUGGCUUGUUGCACGACACAUUUCGAAAUGUGGUAGAAGCAGAAGUUAGUGAGGGUCCUAAUGAGGAUGCUAGAAAGUUCUUCAACUUGGUUAAUGAGGCAAAGCAGGAGCUAUACCCAGGGUGCAAGGACUUCUCCACCUUGUCAUUCAUGAUUCGACUGUAUUUGUUGAAGUGUCUUCAUGGGUGGAGCAAUGCCUCAUUCACCGCCCUCUUAGAACUAUUGAAAGAAGCGAUGCCUAAUUUAAACAUUCCUUUAUCUUUUAACAAGGCAAAGUCCAUGAUUAAGGAUUUGGGCCUUGAUUAUAAAAAAAUUGAUGCAUGUCCGAAUGAUUGCAUGUUAUAUUGGAAAGAGCAUGCCAAUGACAACUUUUGUUGUGUUUGUGGAGAUUCACGGUGGAAGGAAGUUUCCCAAGCAGAUUGUGGGUCCGAGCAAACAAAAGAUGAUUAUAAAGUUCCUGCAAAAAUUUUGAGACAUUUUCCGUUGAUUCCUAGACUUCAAAGGUUGUUUAUGUGUUCAACGACAGCCGAGUAAAUGAGAUGGCAUGAAGAGGAGCGCUCAAAGGAUGGGAAAUUGAGACAUCCUGCUGAUGGUCAAGCAUGGAAGGACUUUGAUCAGCAUCAUCUUGAUUUUGCUUCAGAGCCUCGCAAUGUAAGACUUGGCUUAACCAGUGAUGGAUUCAAUCCAUUUAGGACUAUGAGCAUAGCUCACAGUACGUGGCCUGUCAUGAUGAUGGUAUACAACACUCCACCUUGGCUCUCUAUGAAAUCUGAGUAUACAAUGCUUUCAUUAUUGAUUCCUGGACCAAAAUCACCAGGAAAUGAUAUUGAUGUAUACCUUCAGCCACUGAUAGAAGAGCUAAAGGAAUUGUGGGAGUAUGGAGUGCAGACAUAUGAUUCCUCAAAAAAUGAAACAUUUCAAAUGCGUGCAGCUCUUUUGUGGACAAUCAGUGAUUAUCCUGGGUAUGCUAUGUUGUCAGGUUGGAGCACCAAAGGAAAAUUGGCAUGUGCAUGUUGUAAUUACAACACCAAUUCAGUCUACCUCAGACACAGUCAUAAGAUGUGUUAUAUGAACCACCGUGUGUUUUUGCCAACGCUUCAUCCUUGGAGAGAUGAUGAGAAGUCCUUUAAUGGAGAAAAAGAACUUAGGACUCCACCACCCAAGCUAGAAGGUGAAGAAAUCCAAGAAAUCUUAAAAAAAUUCCCAAAUGAGUUCGGGAAAAAGAAAAAGAAGAAAGUUGAUGGCCCGUGGAAGAAGAGGUCGAUAUUUUUUGAGUUGCCUUAUUGGGCUCAAAAUACAUUACGUCAUAAUCUAGAUGUAAUGCAUAUUGAAAAAAACAUUUGUGAUAGUAUUCUUGGGACUCUUUUGGACAUUCCAGGGAAGACAAAGGAUCAUGUUAAUGCUCGUUACGAUCUACAAGAUAUGGGAAUUAGAAAAGAACUACAUCCAAGAUAUGGGAAUUAGAAAAGAUCUACAGCCUAUGAAAAAUACAGCUCUUGCAAAUGACAAUUCCAAGGCAAAACAACAGCCUAUGAAAAAGCAGCAGCCUAUGAAAAAUAUAGUGAUCGGAAUUGACAAUUCUAAGGAAAAAGAGCAGCCUAUGGAUGGGGUAGUGGCUGAAGAUGUUGAGUCAGGAACAAUGCAAGAAAGUGCUAGGAAGAAGACCAGAAAAACCCCAAUGUGUAGAGCAACCUCAAUUGAUGAGUUUCUUAAAGAAAAUGGAGAAGAAGAAGAAGAAGAGCCAAGAGAUGAAAGUUCUGAUGAUGAAGAAUAUAUCAUGAGACAAGAAGAAAAUGCACAAGAAGAAGAAGGUGGCGAGACAAAUGGGACAAGUAAGAAAAGAACAAGAGGGCCAACACAAAAGUUAAAAAUUCAUGCAAGAAAUAUUGAUGAUCGUGAAGAAGUUGUCCUCGAUAAUGAUGGAGAGCCAAUUGGACCCAAUGAUCAAACUGUGUUUGACUUGAGUAAUUUCCUUGGCACCAUUGCAAGGAAUUCAGACUUGUGUCCUUUGAUUUUUACAAACUUCAAAGUGUUGGUCAAAGAAAAUGGAGGUCGUAUAUGGGAUUAUGUUAAUGAUAAAUACAUCAUUCCAGAAAAAGGAAGAAAAGCCGUAUUUUCUCGCAUCAAUGAUGCUUGGAGGCGUUACAAGAGAAAUCUCAAAAGGAGCUGUUUUCUAAAGUAUUCUACGAUGAGGGACAGAUUAAAAAACCGCCCCAUGGAUGUACCUGAAGCUCAUUUCAAGAAAUUAAUAGCUUAUUGGAAAAAUAGUACUGUUCAGAGAAUUAGCCAAAUAAAUGCUGCAAAUAGAGCAAAGCAAAAGUAUAUGCAUCGUACAGGACCAGUAAAUUUUGCUAGGAUUCGAGCACAAUUGCGUGCAAAAAAGGAAAAUGAUGAUGAUGUUAGCCAAGCUGAAAUGUUCAUUAUGACCCGUCAAAGCCGAAAAGGAAAACAAGUGGAUGAGGAAACACAAACUGCAAUUGCUAUUCUUCAAGAUUCCAUUCAGAACUCAAAUGAAUCUGAGACGUUUACGUCUUUGUUUGGGAAGGAAAAAUCUGGUCGAGUUCGCUGCUACGGAAGAACAUUAACACCAUCCAUGAUGAAAAAGAAUGUAGAAAUUUCUGCAAUUAAGAAGCAGCAUAAAGAUGAAGUGAGUGGUAUGAAGAGACAAAAGGAUGGAUUGACAUUACUUGUAAGGAACAUGCUGAAGCUACAACACCCUGAUUUAGAUGAAGAAGAGAUCUCUAAUAUGAUGGAAGCUGCUCUAGGCAAUGAAAAUAGUGUAGCUCCGCAUUCAUCUGCAUCCACCUAUGUUCCCCCUCAUGAAAAGCAGAAUGGGGAGAAUGAUGAUUUUCAUGAAGGAGAUGGAGAUGAAGGUAGAGAAGGAGAAGGAGAAGGAGAAGGAGAAGAAGAAGAUUGAUUGCUUUUGGAAGAAAUAAUAAUAUUUUGUUAUUUUGAAAGGUUGUUUGGAACUUAGGAUGACAUCUUGAGAUUUUAUUUUGUUGUUGUUUAUGUUGAAUUGAACAUUGGCAUGAAUUGACUAGAAGCUGUCAAGUUGGACAGGAUUAGGCAUUGCCAUAUUUUGGUAGUAGUUUUAUAAUUUUCUUAGUGUUCUAAAUACAAUAUUCAUGUUAAUUAAGAUUUGGUUUUUGUUUCA